AUGGCCCGUCAAAACUUUUUAGGCCUGGUCGUCUCCCAAGGUAAGAUGCAAAAGACGGUUAAAGUGCGUGUAGAGACAAAAGUGUUUAAUAAAAAAAUUAAUAAAGAAUUGUUCCAUAGAAGAGACUACUUGGUUCACGAUGAGGGCGGGAUAUCAAGGGAAGGUGACCUGGUAAGAAUAGAAGCGACCAGACCACUUUCAAAGAGGAAGUUCUUUGCCAUUGCUGAGAUUAUCAGAAAUAAAGGUCAACAGUUUGCGCUAUAUGAAUCUGAAGCUCAAUUAAGUGUUGCUAAGGAGGAAACACAGAAGGCAAAAGAAUUUUUGGACAAAAGAUCAGCAAGGGAGAGCAAAUCGGAUGAGAAAACCACUCUAUUACAAGACAUUAAAAUAAUUCAAGAUGCGUUAUCCAAGGGAUCUACGCCGAAAGAGUUAUCAGAAAUUAAAGAAAGGUACGGUAUCAAAGAGUUUUCUCCGGAAACCGUAAGAGAGCUCCUAAAGCUGGAUAUAUCUGAACUAGAGGUCAAUCUGGAGAAACAAAGGGGUGUGAUUGAUUCUAUUCAAUCUCAAACGUCUGAGCUAUUAUCGGAUGAUCUGAAAUGUAAUCAGUUUCUAAAAGAUCACGGUGUUGACGAUCCUUUAUCACUAAAGAAGAAUAUAAAGAAGAACCUGCUAAGAAAGCAUGUCAUGUUGGAUCUACAACAAUCAAGCCUAUAA